ACACACGCUGACACACACAGACUGAUGCCUAAGAUCCACGAGCAGCAGCUGCAGUUGUGGCAGUGGGAAAACUGCGCGCAGGAAAACAUCAUGUGGACUCCGUGUUCUUUUUUGUGAGGAACACAGACACGAGCGGGAAGAACAAAGGCCUAGAGGAAGUGAUGUCAGCAGGUGAGGACCAGGACGGUGAGGCGACGUCGCCCAUGUAUGUGUACGAAUCGAAGGUCCACUGUGCCAACGUGCUGUUAAGCCUGGAGGAGCAGCGGCAGCAGGGCAUCCUCUGCGAUGUGACUGUGCUUGUGGAGGGCAGGGAGGUGCGCGCACACAGAGCUGUCCUUGCUGCCAGUAGCCGCUACUUCCUGCAAGCCUUUGUAGGGCACGGCACAUCGCCAGGCGAGGCAGAGCCCAUCAUUGACCUGCCAGACAAGGUGACAGUGAAGGGUUUUGCUCCACUUCUCCAGUUUGCCUACACAGCCAAGCUGGUUUUAAGUUGUGAGAACAUCCAUGAGGUCAUCCUGUGUGCCGACUUCCUUGGGGUUUACAAUUUGGAGGAUUCGUGCUUCCGUUUCCUUCAAGAACAGCUACAGAACGACAGCCAACGUGCCAGUAAUGGCAAGGUGAAAUAUGAUGACCACGCUGUGGCCAAGGACACAGUGAUUUCCGAGCCAUUAUCCUUGGAUGAUUCUGCAGACACCAAACAUCAUGUAGCACUCACUAUGCCACUCUCCAGUGAUCUUCCACAAAGUCCCAAAUACAGAAAAUAUCCCUACCAGAUCUGUGACAAGAUCAAUGGAGAAAUCCACCCUGGUAGUGACGAUGUUCUUUUGCCCACUCAUACCUCAGUCAGCUCACAGCUCAUAGACAGCAGUGAUGCUCAACAAACUCUACUUACGCCUUCUAGAAUCAAAGAGGAACCCUUUGCGUUCGAGGAAGGAGAUGAAAGCAACGGUUGCAACACCGAGCUGUGUUCUGAAGAGGUUCUGGAGAUGGAGCUAGAGGUGGAAGGGGUUCCAGUAGCAGCUGAGCACUCGCCAAGCCAAAGCUCACCUUCUUCCUGUCUGCGCUCCUACCUCCAGAGAGGUGGCCUGGAUCUGAGCAGCGUGCCCACUACUACCAUCCAGCAGCUACUGACCAACAGACUGUCCCUCAACCACUAUAGGGAACUGGUCAAGAGGGAUAAGAUGGAAUCUCUAGGUCAUGAGGACUUCAAAACUGGAAUAGCAGAUGUGCUGCCUGCUGCUCUGACUGGUACUGGUGAGAACAUGGAUGGAGCAGUGUCGAAAGCCUCCUGCUCUAAACAUGAGAGGGAGUUAGACAGACGCAGUGUCAUUUUCUCUUCAGCUGCUGGAGAGCAACAGAUACUUGCACAUUCUUACAUGGACGAUAAAUUCAGAGACAAAGUCUCAACCUUAAUGCAGGUAGAGCCUCUCUCCUCUGGUCGGCCAUGCCUCAACACCAGCUGCCCUGUUCCCAUUAAGACAUCAGCCCACUCUCCUCCUCCCUUUGAGCCCCAAAUGCAGACGUCUAGCUCACGGUCCUCAUGCUCUUACCUGGAGGAUGCAGGCAGUAGUAGUUCGUCCUCCAGCCUGCCCCAGUUUGACUUCUCCUCAUCCCCCAUCUCAGGAUCCAUCUCUGGACUGUCUCACUGCCUGGCAGGGGUGGUAGAUCAGAGGGCCCUCCACAGCGGGGAGAUGGUCUUCUCUCAGGGUUGUACCACGAUCAAAAGUGAGCAGGGAUUUGGUGCCAGUGGUGGCAACUCCAGUGAUGAAUCGGGCUCUUUCUCAGAGGGAGACAGUGAAAGUGGCAUCUCAAGAAUCUCUGGGCCUGAGGUGAAGCUGCCUUUCCCAGUGGACCACAUCACCAACCUGCCACGCAAUGACUUCCAGAUCCUCGUCAAGAUGCACAAGCUGAAUACAGAGCAGCUGGAGUUCAUUCACGACAUCCGCCGCCGCAGCAAAAACCGCAUCGCCGCCCAGCGCUGCCGCAAGAGGAAACUCGACUGCAUCCAGAACUUGGAGGGCGAGAUCCGCAAACUGGUGAAUGAGAAGCAGAAUUUGCUGAGCGAGCGCAACCAGCUGAAGGUUUGUAUGUCUGAGCUGUGGCAGAACCUCUCCUUCCUGUCCCAUCAAGUGUGUAGGGAGGUGCAGGGCAGCCAGAUGCCUCCUGUUCCCGCCAGCAUUGACCUCACAUCCACACCACUGUCGCCUUCUUCUGAAGACAUAAUCUACCAGCCCAGGUCACCUGCGCCGCUAUACAAUGAGACGGCGUGUGUGUCUGACAUGAGUCUCAAUCAGGGGCAGGAGCAAAGGCGACAUGGUGCGGAGGCGUCAGGUCUGAGGCGGGAGAACUCAGAGUCCUCUGAGGAAAUAUGUAGCCCCACUGUAACUGUGGCCUUCUGUCAGGAAAUGACUGAGAAGUGCACUACAGAGGAACAGAAGAGGCAGAAGGACUGUACUUAGAGUCUGGUGAAAGUUUGGUCUUGUCUUUCCCUUGAUAUUUGAAGUAUUGUUUUUCCUUCCUUGUUUUGGUGAUACAAGCACUAUCAGCAAUACUGUUCAACAGAUAUUUUUUGGACUGGUAUAAAAAAACAGAAGCACUGGGAGCUUUUUCUCUCCUCCUCUCUCUCAUCUUGAUAUUUUCAUCCUGUCAGCUUCCCAAGUUCUCUCGUUUGUCACGGGAGCUUAAACUCAGGAAUUCCGUGGAAUGUUCAGUAAUGUUCCUCUCAACAUAUUUCGUGCACUUUACUUUAUGAGUCCUGUGUGAUCUUCAUCAUUACUUUGGUACAUCCGUAGCAAGCUCUUCAUAUCUGACCUCUAUAUCAGAAUUCCUUUUCAACAUAAGCUAACAAUAAUAAUUCAACCGUUUGUAUAUCCAUUCGUUAAUUCAUUUAAAAACAUCACUGAGGUGGAGUCGGAACAUGGUUACGCUUUGUUAGCAUAAUCACUGGAAGCAGGGGGAAACAUAAUAAUAUGUAUUAAUAUCUAUAAAUACUGAAUAGUAUAAGUACUAAAGUAAAACAUUUCACUGAAGUAAUUAUACAUUUGUCUGAAGCCUUUUUAGCCAAAGAAUGCACUUACUUGUAGCCUGGCUAAUGCUAGACUGCUUCUCCAUCUCAUGUGAGACUGAGUCUGGAAAAGGGUGCACUCACUUCAGAGAGGUGUGACCAACGGACGUAGAUCCAAAAUUGGAUAGACCUGCAACCAAUCAGACCAAUGAUCAGGAUCCCAUAUGGUGAACUGGUUGGUUUUGUAUUCAUAUAGCGCUUGUCUAGUUUUGAUGACCACUCAAAGCUGCUUUACGCAACACUUUUGCCAUUCACCCAUUCACUCACACUUUCAUACAGCGCAUCUAUGUACUGUGCGUUUCCUAUCACUCAUCUUUCAUCCCCAUUCACACGCUGCCAGGAGCAAGGUGGGGGACUCGCUCCACCACUGAGCAACCGUCUCCCCCAUACAUACAAACGUGUCAACUAAGGUGCUUGUAGUUUCUUGGAGCGAUGACUCGACAGCUAAAUCUGAAAGAUUUUAGGUUCCCGUAGACUAACUUGCUUUGGGAGUAAAUCCAGAGCAUCGCCAUUCCGCUGGAUGAACUACUUUCUGUCAAUACAUAGCAACUCCUUACUCUUUCUAUUGUUACAUUCAAGUAAAACUCAUGAAAUCUGAGUAUGAAGUGAAACUAAAACUUCAGUGUUAGUGUAACAGUGUGAAAACUGAACACUUUACUUUUUUAUAAAUACAACCAACAAAGAGGAGUUGCCUGACGUAUUGAUCAGUGUGUUUUUUCACCAAAAUGGCCUCGUUUUGAGGUUUUGACUACAGCUGUAUUUGUCAGCUUUGCACCGUUAAACACACAUUGUCCCCUUUGUUGACAUGUCUUUCUUGAUGUUGCCUCCUUGGCCAAGUAUUUUCAAUGAUAUUCCUUCAGCUUAAUUCAAGGCCCAUGCCAUGAAAAUAUGAUUGUUACUGCCAGGUGUUUAUAACCUAAUGAAAACAUCAUUACUCAUGACAUUCACACAUUCACAUUGUACCUUUAACAUUUCAAAUGGCCCCAUAGUGACACAGGACUUUAAAGUAAAAUGUGACCAAAGGUGUGUAUUGUCAUUCGCGAAAAAAAAAAAAACUCAACUGAAUAAUCAUUAUGCAAUGUUUUAAUUUUUUUUUUUUAUUUUUUUAUUUUUUUACAAAUGUCACUGUUUUUUGUCCUUGCACUCAGAUGGACAUUUCCAAACACGUUCACGUGUUUCAUAUCUGCGCUUCAGAUAAAACGUCACAUGAUGUAAGCACUGCCCUCCAGGGUGAUGCCUGCAAACAUUACCAGUGUCAGUCAUUUUCCAAGUCUUCAGCAAUUCUCACAUUAUGUCACAAUAGUCAGAGCAUCUUUUAUUGGGUUUAAUUUGUUGAGAAUAUACUUUCAAUUGAUCAUUUUUGCUGCUCAUGUCCAUGAAUCUACACUCAGAAACCCUCAAUUACAAAAACUAGAAUCUGUCAUUUACAGAGGUUUUUAGAUGGAUCAUCCCUCCUUUAAAUAAACUUGAGCUAUUUUUGAGCUCCAAUUGAAAGCAUUAAUAAAUAAUAAUUUCAAUGGGAGCUCUAAAGAGGACAGACAUCUUCUUUCCUCGUAUGCAUACAGUAUGUGAAUACAAAUGAAUGGAAACCAAUAACUUCCAGUAAUAAGGUCAAAUAACUGUGGUAAAUGGACGGUCGUCAUGUAAAAUGCACCUGAUCCCCUUUGAAGCACACUGGUUUAUUCUUUGAAAUAAUCGAAUCAUAAGUGCUCUUUUUGACCUACUGUAUUUAUUUACUCUAAAGUAGUGAGAAUUUAAUGUUUGAUGAUUUUAAUGUACUUACUGUAAGGCAAUCAUGUACGUAGCUACGAUGUUCUAGUGUUACACAGACGCCAAAUGCCCCGACUUGAAGUGUUUGUUAGGGUAUGUUGGUGUAAAGACACCUGCAGUUUAAAAUGUAUAAAUUACAUACUUUUUUUUCCUUUUUUUUUCUGAAACACAAAGAUCUAUUCCUACUGACCGAUCCUCACAGUGUGUGUUAUGAUGGUCAGAGCUCCAAACAAACACACUGGUGGGUUAUUGACUGAGUGAGAAGCCAAAUUCAUGUGCUGCUGAGCAGUCGAUAGUGAGGCACGUGGCAGUGGUGAGUGCUGCUGCUGCUGCUGCUGCUGCUGCUGCUGCUGCUGCUGCUGCUGCUGCUGCUGCUGCUGCUGCUGCUGCUGCUGCUGCUGCUGCUGCUGCUGCUGCUGCUGCUGCUGCUGCUGCUGCUGCUGCUGCUGCUGCUGUCCCCCGGGGUCAGGGUGCCAAGGUCAAACUACAAUUUGAAAUGGCAGUUGGUGUUAUUUCAUUCAACUUUACCUUUGCAAGAAAGAAAAGAAACAUAUUCCAAAUCCAUACUUCUCAUAUUUACUGUACCUUGUGAUCUCAGUUAAUGAUCAUCUCAAAACGAUCUCUUAACACUGCUCAGAUGAUUUUACAUUUCUUAAUGUGAAGCUGUUUUUUUUGUUUGUUUGUUUUCUGGUCUUGGGAGCAAUGGGAGUGGGGGUGUUCCAGGUGGGGUUGGGGGGGGCGGGGUAUAGAGGUAAUUGCAUAGAUGUAAAAUGUAGGUCAUUACCCUUUUCUUCGAAUAGAAUUAUUGAUGAUCGUUGUAAUGUUUUUGUUGACACUUUUUUUUUUUGAAUGAAAAGCUAAUUCCUGAUUUGCAGGUCACAAGUACUUAAAGGGAUAAUUCAGUUUUUUUUGUUUGUUUUUUAAGGUUGGGUUUUUACACUAUGAGGUACGGACACAUAGUUAGCAUCUUUCACAUGAGUACUGUGUCUGUGUCUAUUGAUGUCUGUGAGCCACUCACUUUCCCACACCAAAGUCCAUAGAUAAAAUCAGUGUUUUUAGCUCAUCAUUUUGAUUCAUCUGAACAAAUAUUUUGACACACUGAAAUCCCAAAAUGACACAUUGGAAUUUACUGAUGGAGGCAGCAGUAGAUCAACAACUCCUGUGUGCUGUGAUGUAAAAUCAAUGCUUUUCCCGAUGAGCUUUGGUGUGGGGGAGCAGGCUGUUUACAAAGUGACACAGACUCCAGUUUCCAGUCAGCAAAGGCUGUGGAACGGCUUCCUGGCAGCCAUCACUUCAGUGAUUUCAAUCUUGUUCCAGGCGCGGGAGGCGCACACAGUGUGGCAGCUCUAAGACACGCGCUAUGUGUCGGUUCCUCAUAAAUCCACAUGUAAAAAAAAAAAAACAAACAAACCUGAACUAUCACUUUAAGUCAUACUAUUUUAACUUAAUGGGGAGUGAUUGUGUUUACAAACGUGUGUAUUACAUGUUUUCUUGUUUUGUAAAGAUAUAAUUAAGAUCUGAGAAUGAAUUUAGGUAGACACGCUGAUAAAGCUCAGUUUUAUACACAAACACACACACAUACACAAGUGUUGAUGGCUUUAGUGAUUAAAAAAAAAUAGGAAUCUAACAAGUGCAGCUACAAAUUCUUGCCUUACAGGUUACAGAGGCCAAACUGUCCAGUGAAGGAACACAGAUAGAAUGUUCAGUAUUCAUGAAGCUUCCUGUUGUGACAACAAGUCGAUCUUGCUGUCUUGAAAUGUAGAAACCCCAAGUGUUCAGUAUUAAUUCAAGAAAUAAUCAUUAAAUAUUUUAAAAAAUCAGGCAAAUUUUUUUGUUUUGCAUUAUUUUACAGGCUGUGCUAUAUAUUUUCUGCAUAUUUAUAGUUGUUAUUUGUGCCAUAACAUCUAGUUUAUUCCUUUAAUGUUGACCACUGAGGGUGGAAACACAACAACAAAUGACCCCGUUGAAGACAACAAUAUGUUUAAAUAUAAAAAUAGGGUUUGUUGUAAGUAAUCAGAGGCAAUUUAGUUAUAACACUUGCAUAUGGAUUGGGGUUAAAUCCAUUCUACACAGAUUUUUUGGGGAAAAAAGAAGUUAAAACAGAUUUUUGUGACUAUUUUGUAUCUUUGUAUAAAUGCCAUGAAAUGAUUGUGUGCCUCAUUUAGACACAAGUUCAGCAGACGGACACGUUCCCUCGCUCUUUCUCGUCAUGCUUCAAUGCAAAUGAAACACCUUGUUUAAAAGGAGCACUGCAUAUCAGAGAUGUGAGAAAAAAAUGAUUUGCUGGCAUCUUUUUUUAUUAUUAUUUUCAAGUCAGAGACAGAGAAGCACAAUAUAUGGAAUGGGAUUAGACCAAAGAUGUAACAUUUGGACCAUGGUCACAUGUCAAAAUUGUUGUAAAGAGUCAGGAGAUUGCAAAAAAAACUACACGUUUGGAUCAAGUAUUGAAUUGAAUUGUGGAUAGUAUUGUAUCGUUCACACACAGUAUGCACAACUCCAUCUGCCUCAGUAUUUCUUGACUAGUUAUCCAUAGGAUUAUUAUCUGAUUUAAGAUGGUAAUUGUAAAAUAAAAAAGGACUAUUCUAAAAAAAUAGUUGAAAUUGCCGUCAGAUUAAAAACAAACAGGAGACUCAGUUUACAGUAACACUGCUUCACAGGCCGUGUGAACAAACCUCUGACGAGAGAAAAAGCUGCCACUGGGUUCCCUCAACAUUCAAAACCCGAGAGAAAAUUUCUAUUCCAAAAUAACGAAGCAGAAAAACAGCAGAAAACAUAUCAGAAACCGAAAUGAAAGUAGACUUCAUUUGGGCGAGAGUUCGUAGGGUAAUUUUUUACUUCAAUUUUCGGACAUCUCUGAUUGCAGUGCUAAUCUAGGCUAACAAGUUUUUUUUUUAAUAGUAUUUGGAAUAAAAUGACCGGUUUGCAUUGACUCAUUCUAUCCAAUGUGUUUACAGACUAAGGAAUCUCAGAUUGUGAUUUCAUUUUGAUGUUUUUUUUUAAACCUUAACACUUAUCUACCUGGAGAAUUCAGCAUACCUCUUUUUAUGGGUAAAGACUGUAUGAUAAAGAUGUAAAAACGUUUCUGUGCUGUGUUUCUAUCUUUUUACGGUGGUUAUAUCAUUGUAUUUGGUGGGUCAUUUUCUUCAUGUGAUUUUCUUUAUUUUAGUACCUGCCACAUGACUGUUAUAUGCAUCUUAUCUUUAAAUGUUAAAAAUGACCUUUUUUUUAUUUAGAUCUUCUUCCUCAAUAUUGUGCAACAUGUCAUGUUUCCUUUAUUUGAUAUGAAAAUAGUUUUAAGAAAGAAAACAAUUUGUCUAGUAGAUUUGUUUUUGUUGCCAAAUAAAAACACAAAGCAUGAGAAGUCUAUGUUUUGUUUUUUUGGAUGAUUUUGGUGAAAUUACUUCUGCUGUUUUCAUUUAAUUUGAAUUUCAUACAAAGCGUUUCACUUGAACUUGCUGUCAAUGACUAAACAGACACACAUUCUUUGACUUAGAAAAUGUACUUUAAGUUUAUGUUGCGUUUUAAGGUGCUUCAAAAAACGAGUGUCCAACACUGGGCUUUGGCUGGCUCUUCAUGGCUGACUGGACCCAUGGAUCAAUGUUGAUGGCUGGAUGACUGAUCACCCCCAUCCCACCCGUCUGUGAUAACAGCUGGGCUGUGGAACACGUGGAGGUAGCUCGGCCUCUUCACUUCUUCAUGAUAGACGAGAUAUCCAGAAACAUACUCUAAGAAAGAGAAGAAAAGAUGAACAUUCAUGGAGUUAAUUUUUUUUUUUUUUUUUUAAGUAAUCAUUGAGUUCUUCAAUGCUUACUUCUAUGA